AUGCUUCUGUCAGCGUAUACUGGCGAAGAGAAUGUAGUCUUCGGGACUGUCUUCUCAGCGCGUUCCAGCUCAGCCACCCAAGCGACAGCGUUCCCCGCCAUCUCAACUAUUCCUGUGGUCUGCAAGAAUGCUGCUGAGACUGCUAAGGUAAUUGCUCAGAUGGUUGAGUACAAUGCUACAGCUUCUCGUCAUCGCUUCACACCACUAUCGGAGCUUCAACAGAUUGCCGGCGACGUUCGCCGAGCUCUGUUCGACACAGUCUUCGUCUAUCAGAAGAUCACAGGAUCUCGGAAUGAGACUAACGCCCUCUCGGUCUUACGGGAGACAGCAUCUGUUGAAUAUACCGUUUCUAUGGAGCUCGAGAUGACGAAAAACGGCAGGCUUGCAGCUCAUUUGACGUACAAUACCAGCAAAGUCACAGCUGAGCAUGCUCAACUCUUGCUGGCGCAGUAUGAGAGCAAGCUUGGAGAUCUGCUGGGCCAUCCACUCGACACGUCUGACAGCAAGUUGUACUCGAUCGUACCGGCUAGAACGCCACGAUUGCCAUCCAAGGCAGCAUUCCUGCACGACUUUGUAGAGCUCAGCGCUGAUGAGUAUCCAGACAGGCCAGCACUAGAAUUCAUCUCUGCUUUAGGGCACGGAAAAGCUGGCAAGAAGAUCUGGACGUACAGAGCAUUGAACGAGCGUGCCAAUCAACUCGCUCAUCGACUUAGACAGGAGGGAAUUAUUGCUGGUAGCAUCGUCGCAACACGCAUGGACAAAUGUGCUGAAGCAUCAAUUUCAUUUAUUGCUAUCCUAAAAGCCGGCUGCUCAUUCCUUGCACUAGAUCCAGAGCUACCCCAGGCUCGGCAAGAGUUCAUUCUCAAGGACUCUGGCGCUGCUGCGUUGCUCGUAGACCCCCCAGGCGCAAAGAGACAACAAGCUGGCACUCCUGUCACCAUCGUGGUACAAGAGUGCGAGCUAGCCAACCAGCCAACCAAGAACGUUGUUUCGGGUCUCCAAGAUGUUAGUGCAACUUGCUAUUGUCUGUACACCUCUGGUACGACUGGGACGCCGAAGGGAUGCGAGAUCAGCCAUGAGAAUGCCGUACAGGCCAUACUGGCCUUUCAAAAACUGUUCGAGGGGCGCUGGACAGAGUCCUCAAGAUGGCUGCAAUUUGCCAGUUACUGGUUUGAUGUCAGUGUCCUCGAGCACUUCUGGAGCUGGAGCGUCGGGAUAACGAUGGUUGGAGCAUCUCGGGAUAUGGUGCUCGAGGACUUAUCGGGCUCGAUACAAUCCAGCAGGAUCACACACAUCGCCUUGACACCUUCUUUGGCACGUCUAGUGGACCCAGAAGACGUACCGAGUCUACAUGGUGGAGUUUUCAUAACUGGUGGCGAGGCUCUCAAGCAAGAGAUUAUUGACUCAUGGGGUUUAUACUCAACAGUCUGCAACUUUUAUGGUCCAACCGAAACAACCAUUGGUGUCACGUCAAACACUUUCCUCGGCUGUGAUGCCAAGUCGACCAACAUUGGCAGGCCGUUCAGUAACGUUGGAGUCUUUGUACUUCAGCCGAACUCCGACCAAGCAGUACUGCGCGGUGCCGUCGGUGAGCUCUGUGUUUCAGGCAAGCUUGUUGGUAAAGGGUAUCUUAACAGACCAGACCUUACCAGCAAGGCCUUCCAGUAUCUGGAUAGAUACAACGAGACGGUCUACCGUACUGGAGACCUGGUCCGACUUUUAGCCGGUGGAUCGAUAUCUUUCGUUGGACGUAAAGAUACGCAAAGCAAGCUCAGAGGCCAAAGACUCGAAGUCGCAGAGAUAGACAGUGUAAUCAAGAGCUCAUCGCCACUGAUUGAGGAUGCACACUCACUGGUCAUCAAGAGCGAUGAUGAAGUCAAGCAGACACUCGUGUCAUUCUGUACCUCUGGUGGGCCAGGCCAGAGGAGAAAGUCCGAGAUCGACCAUUCUCCGGCUUCCAAGAGUCUCGUGACCAAGGUCAUGGAUGUUUGUCGAGGGCACCUACCUGGAUACAUGGUGCCUACACACAUCGUUCCGUUGACGACUUGGCCUCUCACUGUCAACAACAAGAUUGACUCGAAGCAGCUCAUCAAGCUGUACAGUUCGAUGACAACGAUAACCAGCGAUAGUCAGGACAGAGUUCAGGGUGCGGAGAGGCCAUUGAAUGAGGCAGAGAAGAUCAUCUGCACCACGGUCGCAACUAUGCUGAAGCUUGACCGGUCGCUGGUGCAGCGCCAUACCAACUUCUUCUCCUUGGGCUUAUCGUCCGUGUCCGCGAUCACGCUUGCGAGCCUACUAAAGCGCUGUGGAGUUCGUACAGUCAGCGUCGGCACAAUUAUGCAAUAUCCGACCAUCUUCGAGCUUGCUGCUGCGACAGGUGACGAGGAAACUGACCAUUCGAAGUCCAACCAUGUCCGUGAAGCACUACUUAGCCUGUCUGCUUAUGCAUUGCGUCACCGGACGAGCGCCCUUCGCACGCUGAAGAUACCCAUGCACGACAUUGAGGCUAUCACGCCUUGCACAGGUCUGCAGACAGGACUUCUUCUGGAAUGUAUUCGACAGCCCGAACGUCCGUACUUCAACGAGUUCCGCUAUCGUCUACGGGACGUGAAUCACGAGAGAUUGCGUAGAGCCUUUGAGCGCAUUGUUGCGGCCACACAGAUACUACGAGCACGAUUCGUACAAAGUGACGAUGGCUUCGUCCAGGUCAUACUAAAGAAUAUCGAUCUCCCGUGGCACCAUGUUCGACCGAGUUUAGAUGUGGCUGUGUGUCACAUGGCUUCGAUGCGCUUACAGUGGUGCGAGAUGAAUAGCGAGCAGAUUACACAGCCUUUUCAAGUGGUCAUCUAUGAGCAUCCGGGUUGGUCAGAGCUAGUUCUUUACGCUCAUCAUGCAAUAUACGAUGGCACUAGUUGGGACCUCAUGAUGGACGCUCUGGCAGAAGCAUACAAAAACAAUAGCACUCCAGAUUGUGGGCCACGGUUCACAGAUGUCCUACCGCAUGGGCCGAUCUGUCACAUGGCCGAAGCAGAACGGUUCUGGAGACAGCGAAUGGAAGGCUUUCGACAUCAGCCUUUGAGGAAGGCUACUUCUGAUCCGGGCGACACUAUCACUGCUAACCUUUGUAUCAAAGACAUGGCAGGGAUCGAACAGUUGCGCAAGGAUCUCGGUGUGUCCCACCAAGCUCUGCUCCAAGCGUGCUUCGAAGUGGCUAUCAAGCAGCCUUUCAGCGAUUCAACCUCAUAUGGCCAGGUAGUAUCUGGACGUUCGAUCGCUUUCGAAAGGGCAGACUGUAUUAUUGGACCUCUUUUCAACACCAUUCCAGUGGUGUUGUCUGUCGAUCCAGGUGAUAGCUGGGCGUCCUUGAUCAGGCGCUGCCAUCAAAUGAACACGACAUUGCUUCCAUACCAGCACACGCCACUUCGGGAUAUACGCAAGUGGUGUGGAUGGUCAUCGACAGACUCAAUCUUCGACGUCCUCUUUGUCUUCCAGCACUCUACUAAGCAACCACUUGGGGAGAAGUAUGAUUUAUGGUCGGUCGUCGAGCAACCACCACGGGCAGACUAUCCACUAUCAUUAGAGCUCACCAUGAUGCCCAAUGCAACUCUACAAGCCACAAUCGUCGCUCAAGCAGAUGUAGUUGAUCACAAUAUACUGGAAGCGAUGCUGGGAAGUUUUGUUACUGCGCUCAGCGCUGUGGGCACGGACCCAGACCGUAGUAUCGCACAGGACUUCACUAUUUCAUCGAAAGUUGCGAACGACUCCCGAUCCCACGAAGCAAGACUUCAGCCUUACCUCAAUGGCGUACACAACUUCUCCUGGACCGAGCAAGCACUGAAGCUGCGCAGUACGAUUGCACAAAUAGCUGGUGUACAAGGUGAUGUAGUAGAUGAGCAUACGUCCAUCUUCGCACUUGGCAUGGACAGUAUUGACGCCGUCAAGCUUGCCUCGCGAGCCAAGAAAUCAGGAUUCGUACUACCCGUCAGCAAAAUCUUGCAGUGUCAGACCAUAGCGAGGAUGCUGGAAGCCAUUGGCCAAAGCGGAGACAACGCUGUAUCUGACGGCGAUCUCAACGACAGACUCGUCGAGCAAUCGAAAGCCCUGUUCGGAGCCAUCAGAACCGAGCACGGUUAUUCUGUAAGUUGUGUCGAGAAAGUCCUACCAGCAACACCGAGCCAAGAGGCUCUAGUCGCGGACAUGAUUCGAUCAGACUUUCAAGACUACUACAAUCACGAUGUGCUUGAGUUGGACUCGCAGACAGAUGUCAGAAGGCUGAACGACGCCCUACAGCAGGUUGUUAAUGGCUCGUCCAUACUUCGGACCGGGUUCUACGAGGUCACUGCUGCUGAUGUGGAUGCCACGUUUGCUCAAGUCAUCUGGCCAUCCUCCUUCAUACAGAUCCAAGAAGCGGCCAUCGAGACUGACAUCGAGACCAUUCUACGCACAGUCACAGAAGAAGUCAAAGGUUGUCGUAACGGCCAGCCACUUCUCCGUCUAAUGAUGGCAAGCAACACAACCAACCGCUACCUAAUCAUCUCGCUGGCACAUGCACAGUAUGACGGCCACAGCCUGGCCUUGCUACAUGAGGACAUCUGGCUAGCCUAUGGGGGUGAGUACGUCCUACGCCCACCCUAUGAGGGGAGUAUACAGCAAGCUAUCUCGUCCACGGAAGAGGCGGCCCGCAAGUUCUGGUCGAGCAGUUUUUCCGAAGCACAACGGCAGCCCUUUCCACAGCGAGCAGCCCUGGAGUCCGGUGAAAUUGUGCAUCGUGCCGAGAAGUCGUCGAAGUUGUCUUCUGCCACCGUGCGAAGCUUCUGUCAAGCCAACAGCAUCUCAGUGCAAGCCCUAGCCCAGACUUGCUGGUCUCUGGUGUUGGCUUCUCACACAAAAGCACUAGAAGUCACGUUUGGCGUUGUGUUGGCCUGCAGAGACAGCGAAGAAGCUGAACGCAUCAUGUUCCCCAUGAUGAACACGGUCCCAGUGCGCGCGGCACUCCACGGAACCAAGCUGGAAAUACUGCGAGCUAUGCAGAGUAGUAUUGAUGAUAUGCGGCCUUACCAGCGUACACCCCUGAGGACAAUACAAGCCGUGUGUAGUGACGCAGCGGAGGACCGAAGCGGUUCCGGGCUGUUCGAUGCGCUGUUCAUCUACCAGCACAGACCAGAAGCUCGAAAGACUCGGACACAUCCACUCUACAAAUCUGUCGGAGGUCGCUCAAGCGUCGAGUACCCUGUGGCUGUCGAGAUGGAAGCUGUUGGUGACAACAUGCUCAUGAGAUGUGCUUGCAAGAGCAGUGUACUGGACGAAGAAGGCACGAACAAUUUGCUCAACCAGCUCGAUACUGUGCUCGAGAGUAUCGUCAACACGCCCACUGAGCCUACGGUCACCUUCCGAGAAGGAGGUCAAGUCUCGAUCGGCACACUUCCUGCCUUCACCCUCACAUCUAACACCACCGACAAGCCUGUUGCAAAGCCUAUAGGUCCGACCAAUGUGCAGGAUGGGUUAUCAGCCACUGCUCUUCUCAUCCGCGAAACCCUAGCACAAGUAGCGAAAGUACCGGCCGACAGCAUCUCACCCAUCGCCACGAUUGAAACGAUAGGGAUCGAUUCGAUCUCCGCUAUCAAGGUAGCGGCAGUGUUGCGCAAGAAGUCCAUUCGCUUGCCUGUGAGCGAGAUCCUGCGAGCGAGGACUAUUCACCGUAUGGCUGAGGCUGCUGAGAGCAUGUCGAAAGCCAAGGAGCCCGAGAAUGUGAAUGCCGAGGCCGUAGUUGUCCAAGUCCUGCAGGAGCGUGGCUUGACGGAUCUAUCCUCGAGAUUUGGUAUAGACCUGUGCGAUGUGCAGGCUGUGCUUCCUGCGACGGCUGGGCAGGUGUAUAUGCUCAGUACCUGGCUACAGUCUGCGGGUCAACUGUUUUACCCGACCUUCAGCUACGAGAUCCAGACCAGUCUUGGUGAAGAUCGGCUCAGACAUGCCUGGGAGCAGCUCGUCAAGCGUCAUGACGUGCUACGGACUGUCUUUUGCGCGACCAACGACUCGAGCAUACCUGCCGUACAAGUAGUGUUCAAAUCAGUGCCUGGAAGCUUCAACACAGACAUCGUCCAGCAGUCAGAGGCCAGGGUACUUCUCCAGCCAAUGGUCUCCCUAUUUACCGAGCAGACCAACAAAAGUUGGCUUCUGAAGCUCACCAUCCAUCAUGCCCUCUACGAUGCCGUCUCCUUACCCUUACUAAUGCAAGACUACUCCUCCCUCCUAAACGACAAGGAGCCAGUCCAGCUGAGUAUCCAGUCGGCCGACGUCCUUGCAUUAUCCAUCACGGAAGCGGCACAGGACAAACAACGGGAGUUCUGGAGAUCAUACUUCAAGGACCUUCACGCCCCAGCACUCAAGCAGCCAACCAUAUCAGGUGCACAAAACCGAGUCGAACUAUUCAAGCCUGGCCUAUUCUCCGAUACAGCUGGGUUGGAAAGCGUAGCAAGACAAGAAGGCGUAACGAUCCAGGCUCUUCUCUUCGCCACAUACGCUAAGGUCUAUCUCAGCCUUACCACCAGCAACUCCGCGAGCACCAAAGCAGAUGGAAAAGAGCAUGACGUUUUUCUAGGCAUCUACCUCUCCAACCGCUCCCACCUCCCGGACCUCGAUAAGCUCGCAGCACCAACACUUAAUCUCGUCCCCCUGCGCGUGCGACAUCCUGCGACGAAGACGAUUUUGGGGGUAGCGAGAGAGAUCCAAAGGGAUUUACAGGCUAUCGGUACAGCGGAGAACUCUGCUGUAGGGCUGUGGAGGAUUAAGGAGUGGACGGGUGCGAAGAUUGAUACGUUUGUUAAUUUCUUGAAAUUGCCCGAGGGGGUUAAGAAUGAUGAGGUGGAGCGACGGGGUGGGACGGUCGUGCUGCGGGAGAUGGUUGGGAGGAGGCGGGAGGGGUAUGCGAGGGUGGCGGGGCCGGGUGAUGAUCAUGUAGGGUUCACGCCGCCCAAAGCGCUAAGUGGGUUGAAGGUGAAGGAUGCUUACUCAUAUUCGCUUGAUCUCGAGGCGACCGUAACGAACGGGAGGCUGGAUCUGGGCUUGUUUUGUCCGGAAGAAAUGCUAGGACUACAGGAGGCACAGGAUGUGAUGGUGGAAUUGGAGUGUCUGUUGGAGAAGCUGGUCGGCAAGGCGAAAGAAUGA